AUGAACGAGGGGUCGCUGCUCUUCAGCAACAGGGCCCGGGGCUCCUCUUCAGCUUCCAGAAAGACAACCUCUAUGAUCAGCAGCACUCGCCUAACCUCACAUGGUCUCGAAGCCUUAUGCAUCCCGAUUGUCGAGGAGUUUGCAGAGCUUUGGCUCCAGCUUGUGGCCGUCGCUGCCGUCGUCACUAUUCUGCCUCGACUUCUGCACGUACGGAUCGGUCGUCCUUGGCCACCAAAUCGCUUCCGAGCAAUACUGACCAAGCGUUUUUUGCCCGAGAGCACGGCGGGCUCGUGGGUAGGUGAUGGAGGCAUUUCCGCAUGUGGUAACCACAAGAACCCCAAGAAGAGUCGAGGGAGCAGUGAGACGGCAUUGUCACCUGAUCGUUGA